AUGUCAAAGACGUCAGCGCUUGGCGCCCACAAGGCGAACGUGUCGCCGAGCGUUCGCCUUUGCCUCGCGUCGAUCGUCGAGGGCAACGAAACAAGCGUUCCCAGCAUGCUCAGCCGCCAAGCAAAAGCCGGGGCGUCGGCCCAAGAGGAGGGCGGCCCGCCGCUGUCGCUCUGCGUUGUUGGCGCAGGCCUUGAGCACGUCAACGGCAUCUACCAGCUCGACAGCGAGCACUGCGGCAAACCACAGUAUCGCAAGUCAGGUGGCGACUUUCUGAUCAACUGGGAGGACGGCGAUACGCCGCACUGCUGGGCCAUCACAGAUGACAUUGACCGCGUGGGCAUCUACACCAUCAAUGGUGAUCAGCCGCUGCCCCCACGCGAGGGGUGGGAGCCGUACUACGCGACCAGCCCCGCGCCGACCAUUGAGUACAACUUAUGA